AAAAAAUGUGUUGAUGAAAACCAGUUAAUCCAUCUGCUUCUCACCUCUCUACAGACUGUUUCCAGCUGUUGCACUGGUUGCCUGGCAACCACACUAUGACAACAAGAAAGUCACAGCCAUUAUUUGCCAACUGAUAGUUACACCACGUUUGUGUACAUAUUAAACAUGCACUGUGUUAACUUGUGAGCUUUACAGGUGUCAGUAGGCAAAUUCUGAACUUUGGACAGAGUCAGACCAGCUGUUUCCAGCUCAGUCCUCCAGUCUUUCUGCUAAGCUAAGCUUACUAGCUCGUGCAGACAUUAAACAGCUUACUGAGACACUUAAAGUGGGUUUUUCUUUUAAUAUAUCACUCGUCUGUUUCUGUUAGGCCUGAAACAACCCCAGCUGUCUGAUAACAGCUGCAUGAUAAGCAACUAGUUGCAACAUAUUUCAUCAGUUGCAGUUACAUCAUGAUGGUACAUGAAUAUACUAAUUCAGCCUACAUUGGUUAUCUUUGCAGGCAAUAUAGAAACCUUUGUUGGACGGUUUGAUGGAGAGCUGGUCGAAUGUCAGCGGGAACUAUUGUUAUAACCGGAGGAAUUCUCGCCGGAGUGAUACUGCUGUGCAUCGUAGCAGUGCUCUGUUACUGUAGACUCCAGUAUUACUGCUGUAAGAAGAAUGAUUCUGAGGUGGACAUGGGCUCCGUGGUGGGAGCGGACCCUCUCUCUCACUUUCCCUGCAAUGCUUGCAACGCCCUCGCCAUGGACGGUGCCGCCAUCACCCCCGUCUCUCUGGAUCAGCUGGAUGCAGGCUCUCAUCACAACCUCUGCCCCACUUGCUCACCAUACUCCCUCCGCUCUGGACUCGCAGGCGACAUGCGUAAUGGAGGGGAGCGGCUGGGCUUCCAUACCUACUAUGAGAACCCAUCCGUCUCUCUUCCCCUGUCUGUCAACCCACAGGGCUCCUCUCCUCUGAGUUACUACAGUCCCACGGACAUGUUUCCUCCCCCGCCGCGCCCCUACAGCACCCAGGUUUGACCUCUGCUGCACCGUGAGGACUUGCACAAAUUUAGAAAACUCUUACUUACACGUCUGACGUUCACAUGUUCUUGUGUGGGACCAAAUUAUGUUUUUCAAUAUCUUCCUGCAGGUGAUGGAUUAUGAUACAGCACAAUUACACACACAUGCCCACAUAACUGCACAUGCCCACAUUCAUCUCGGGGGGGGAGCCAGCCCACUGAUAGAGCCUACAUGUGGGCAACAAAUCCACGGGCCAGCUUCCAACCCCCGGAGAGCUGAAGAAAGGAGCAUGAAACAGUGUUAGAUCAGCAGGGAAAUGGCAUGUAACUCUAGUAAAACCUCAGUGUGUGUCACACAGGGCCAGUUAAUGUGGUCCUCUGUGAAUGAAUCACAAGUGAUCAGCCCUAAAUCCAGGCUGAUGCAUUCAUUUAAGCCACGCUCGAAGGUGGUCUGGGACACGUACGACAUAAAAGUGUCACCAGAAACACAGAAAGACAGCCUAGUCAAUUUGUCAUGAAAGUAUUAGGCAUGGAAAUUUUAAAGUAAUUCCCUUAAACAAUGUGAAAGCUUUUUUCAAACCAUUUGUGGCAGCACAAAACAAAUACACAGUACUAAGUAUUUGAAUCAUUAAAUAAAUAAACACAAGUAAAUUGUUUAAGUUUUGAAUUAAAUAAAACUUAAUGAUGCCAUCACUAAAAUGUUCUGCUUAAACAUUUCGCUAAAACUCAGUCAUUCACAACUUACAGGCUUUUCCAGAGGCCACAAAUUGGAUUAAAAUAAACAUACAAGGGACAAAGUUCAGCACAAUCUGUAUUCAGGAUCCAAAUUUUAUGUAGUUUUCUAAAUGAUUAAAUCACCUUUUAAGAACUUAAAUGAUACAAAAUGUUUUUUUUCUUCCAUGAAAGCUUAAAACAAUAAACAUGGGAUGAUUUUGCAGCAGAAUAAAUGUGAUAUUUAAAUCAUACAUUAGGUAAACACAAAUUUCCUAAAUUAAAUGUUUUAGCAAAUAAAUGCUAAAUCAUGUAAAUGUUUUGCUCCUUUUAUCACUUCACCUGUUAUUCACUAAUAGCCAAAACGUUAAAACAAAAAUUCAUCAUAAAUCACUUUAUUAAACAUGCAGGACAGGGUGCUUAGAAACUAAGUACAGCCCGUUCUGAGUUUAAGAGCUGUAAGCUACAAAUGCUUAUAUCAAGUAUGAAAAUUAAAUGGCCGUAGUAACAACUAGCACAUGUCUUGAUUAUCAGUUGAUCGUGAGGGAUUGUAAAAAAUAGCUAAGAUUUUAAAGUCUGGACCCAAUGCACGUUCAGAAUAACCACAGUAAAUCCCUUUUUCUGGAUUUAUGGCCAAAGACAAAUCUCUAUUUUUCUCUGUUUAAUUCCAAUUGUAGGUUUCCACAUUUAAAAUCUAAUGUGAGCUUAAAGGUGAAAUCUGACUGCUGCAGACACAUUGUAUGAAUAUAUCAGUUACAAGAUACAAAGUCUGAAAUGGACCACUCCCUCCUCCACCACUAGUUUCUGUUAUUCUCCUGCUCCUGCUAGUAUUAACUGAAAGGGGUGAAAUACUACCCUGAAACUCUCCCUUCACCCCUGCCCCUCCCCCUCCAGUUUACUGUACAUGAGGGCUAACAGUUUUUCUAUGAGUCGUUGUUGUUUCCCAACCAUAGAAACUGCAACACGGAGGUGAGGUAUUUGUGUCCAGAGAAAAAGACUGUUGGUAAAAGAGAAAGAAAAUGCGGGUUUUUAAGCAUGUGAGUCUUGUGGCAAAAAAAAGUACAGUUGCUUUAACGGCAAACUAUUUGAGAGUUUCAGUCUGCAAGAAAAAAAACUUGAUGUGAAUUUUGUUUUGCUUGUAUUUUCACUUCUGGUAAAUGGUAAUGCAACUUCUGAUAGCCGGUUGGUUCUGAAAGUGUCUUCCAUAUAAGUUGAUGUAUUUAACUUUUACAUGUUUACAGAAUGAGAUCGAUGAAAAGAAAAGAAAACAUCUUAAGACUUUGGAGGUGUUGUUGGCAGAAAUCAGAUAGGAUCAUGUACCAUAUUUAGUUGACUUCAAAGCUUAAGUUUUUGUAUCUAUAAGCCAUUAUAUCUGCUACAGUAUAGUGACAAGAUGCAGUUUAUUCCACAGUACUGUAUAUGCCUGAAUAUAUAUAUUUUUAAGGAGUGUUGUAGUUUUUGUGAGGGAUGUCAGGGUUUAAGUGUGUGUUAGUGAGUUUGUACCAAAUGUGAGUUUUCAAUGCUCUUCCUUCAUUUUUCCUAUGUUAUAAAACAGCAGAGGAACACAAUGUAAGAGCAUGAAAAUAACACUUUUGGAACAGGAAAUUCACUUUAAAAUUGAGAUAAAAAUGUGAAAACACACAAUGAUAUUGAGUGUUACAGAUCAAAGACAUAUAAAGGAUAUUUAUUCAGUAUAUUCCAACACAACAUUGUUUCCACUGAGCUGUGAGCUUCAUCUUCACAUUUCCUAACUUUCCUCACCUCACAUCCCCUUGUUGGGAAGUAUGUGCUACAUUAGAUAUGUAUAACGAUUUCUUUUGUUUAAUUUAGAUGUCCACAAAGCAUACAGUAGGUGUUCACUGCCACUAUACUCAACAAAUAUGGUCCCUAUAUUUUAAGCUUAGUAUCACCAGUUCUGUGACGACCAGUUUGUUGCGCCACAAAGAGCACCAUCGCUGUAUCAGAACUGACCUGUGCCCCCCUUCUUAUUUUUAUGGUUUCCUUUCUCUCGUUCUGAUUGUUGAAAAUUGUAUUUUUUAGAUUUUUUCCUGUAUUGAAAUAGAAUACGUUUUGGUAUGCCCUGAUACAGUGUACUUUAAACUAAAAAGGAAAAUCCACCUUGUUUCACAUGCCUUUUUUGAGGAGGAAUAAAUGUUUAUA